ACUGCCAGGCCGGUGGCAGCUGCCCAUUCUGCUGGCCUCCCUGGGUGUAGCGGAGUGGACAUGCGUCCUCAAGAUGCCUUGCUCCUGGCUGUGGUCCUCUUCCUGGGGCUGUGUGCCCUGGUGGGGGGCGAGAAACCUUCCCCCUGCCAGUGUUCCCGGCUGAGCCUCGACCAGCGGAAGAACUGCGGCUUCCCAGGCAUCACCAGCGACCAGUGCUUCAACCUCGGCUGCUGCUUCAACUCCAGCGUUGCUGGGGUCCCCUGGUGUUUCAACCCCCUGCCCAGCCAAGCAUCCCAGGAGUGUGUCAUGGAGGUCUCCGCCCGUGAGAACUGCGGCUACCCGGGCAUCAGCCCCGAGGACUGUGCUGCCCGCCAGUGCUGCUUCUCCAACGCCAUCCGCCAGGUGCCCUGGUGCUUCUUCCCCAAGUCCGCAAAAGACUGCUAUUAUUAAGAGGCACCAAGAUGCUGGCCGCUGAGGGCCCGCCCUGCUCGCUUCCUGCUGUGACACCAGAGAGGGAAGCUCACCGCCCGCCGCUUCGGUCCUGCGCACCCCAGGUCUCCUCCACCACCCUUCGAGCCUUCUCUGAGGUGCAAUGCACAGCUUCUUCAAAUAAAGAAUACCCUCAACAUCG